GCCGCCGAGUCACGUGAUCGCGGCAUCAGCCGACUCCGCGCGCAGCGGAAGCCGAGGCUGCGGCGUCCCGGGCUCCCGGCGCGAUGAGGUUCCGGUUCUGCGGCGACCUGGACUGUCCCGACUGGGUCCUGGCGGAGAUCAGCACGCUGGCCAAGAUCUCCUCCGUGAAGCUGCGGCUGCUGUGUGGCCAGGUGCUGAAGGAGCUCCUGGGGCAGGAGAUGGACUAUGAGAAGAUCCUGAGGCUCACUGCCGACGCCAGGUUUGAGUCAGGCGACGUGAAGGCCACGGUCGCCGUGCUGAGCUUCAUCCUCUCCAGCGCCGCCAAGCACAGCGUGGACAGCGAGUCCUUGUCCAGUGAGCUGCAGCAGCUCGGGCUGCCCAAAGAGCACGCCGCCACCCUGUGCCGGGGCUACGAGGAGAAGCAGAGCCCCCUGCAGGAGCACCUGCGGGCCUGCAGCCUGCGCGUGAACAGGCUGGUGGGCGUGGGCUGGAGGGUGGACUACACCCUGAGCUCCAGCCUGCUGCGCUCCGUGGAAGAGCCCGUGGUGCACCUGCGGCUGGAGGUGGUGGCCGCCCCGGGCGCCGCGGCCAAGCCCGUGGCCGUGACCCUCUCCGCGGCCAAGUUUCAGGUCCUCCUGGCAGAGCUGAAACAGGCCCAGAGGCUGAUGAGCAGCCUGGGCUGAGGAGGCCGCCCCGGCCCGCCCUGCCACGCCAGCGGGCCUUGCUCUGUCGCCGCUGGAUGCCGGCCUGGGCAGCGUGUGGCUCCCUGGGCCGGGGGCCCCUGGCGGGGGCCUUGCGGAGAGAGGAAGACCCUGCUCGCCCCGCCAUCCUCCUCAGGACAGGCACGGGGCCCGUGCUGGCGCGGUCACCGUCCGGAGGAGCCGUGUCAGGCACCAGGCGCCGGCUGCCCGCUGGGAGGGCCCUCGCCAGACCCGGGACUGUGAGAAAUAAACGGCCGCACUUCA